AUGGAUCCGAAAGAUAUUGCCCCCCUCUCCCGGGAGAUUGUCAAAGAGGCCGAGCUGCUGGAGGGGCUACUAUUCGAAGACCGGAAAGACGACAGUCCUGAGGCGUUGCUAUGGAAUCAUCCACCUCGUGGCUCCGAUAUUGAACGGAGUCAGUCCAAGCUGCUCGGUCUCAUCCAGAAGCUAAGCAGGACACUUCGAGGCCCGCAAGACUUCUUGCAUGAGUUUGUUGCAUCCAACUGGGACAAGGGUGUACUUUACUGCCUUCUUGAGUGCCGUGUCUUAGACGAGAUUCCCCAGGAUGGCCAAACGACUCUUGCUGAGCUCUCGGAAAAGACUGGGAUACCAAGGGACAAGCUCCUCCCCAUGCUACGACUUGCAGCAUGUGACCAGAUACUCCUCGAGUCAUCAGAACAGGUCUUUCGUCAUGGCGUGAUCUCGCGCGAGCUGGUUCAAGAUCCCGGCCUGAAGGCCUUUAUCGGAUUCCAACUCUUUGAGACGAGAGUGGCGAGUACUCAUCUCACAAACUCACUCAAGAAACCAAACCCUACCUGGACAGGCCACUCUGCCUUUAAACAUGCAUUUGGGCAAUCGAUGUAUGAUUGGCACAGAAGUCAUCCUGAAAAUGGCACCAGGUUUGCUGCUGCGAUGCAAAGCGUCGCAGACUUUCUGGAUCCGGGAAACCAACUCCUCGAGGCCUGGUUCAGCGAAAAUCUCGAAAAGGCAACUUGCCCAAGAACAGUUGUAGACCUUGUUCACACGCCAGAAACAGCAUCACGAUUCCUCGCAGAAAAGUUCCCUACGCUAGAGCUCGAGGUUCAACAACUUCCAAAAGAUAUCAGCCAAUUCACGCUCAAGGACGAACCAGAGACUCCUCACGUCUAUCUCUUCAAGUCGAUACUCUGGAACCUGCCAGAUAGGGAGGUAAUCUGCAUCCUCAGCAACCUCCUCGUCGCUACGAGAAGGUCCAAGAAUUCCGUCAUCCUAGUGAAUGACCUCUUAUCUCCCCCACCGGGGACGUUUGAGCCGCAUGUAGACAAGGCGUAUCGAAGGCGAGACGUCACCGUCAUGGCCAUGCACAACGCCAAACUCCGCACCAAGGAUGAGUGGGAUGCUAUCUUUCGGAAAUGUCAUCCAGGCAUCACGGACCCCAGGCAAUCCAAGUAUGAUACCCUUCGCAUUGGCAUGACGAAGGGGUACACGUCCCACAGUUGCCGUGCGCAGUGGGAGUUGAAAUUGACAGGGCGCUUGGUACCGGAUGGAAGGUAG